AAUCCGAUUUCCUCAUUACAAACCAGCGCUGACACGAAACACUAGCUGCAGAUUCUCUGUUUCAAGACGAAGAAAACCCAGGUUUUUCAGUUAACCGUAAUCUUGGAAAAAUCGAAAAAAAAAUAGUGUACGAAAUUCCUUCAUUCGCAAAUUGCAAUGGACGAUGAUGACCUUAGAAACCGUGUAUCGUCACUAUUAAGAGUUAUGCAAGUAACCAGACUUGUCAAAGACGAUAGCAUUCCAUCCCAAAUCGAAGAGGGUCUUUACUUAGGUUCGUUAGGAGCUGCAUAUAAUAGAAGCGGUUUAAAAGGCUUAAAUAUCACACACGUAUUGACAGUCGCCCAUUCGCUGGCCCCCGCUCAUCCCGAUGAUUUUAUAUACAAAACUAUUGACGUACGUGAUAAAGAAGACGAAAAUAUAUCUCAGUAUUUCGAAGAAUGCUUCCAAUUUAUAUACGAAGCUAAGGCGGCAGGAGGUGGAAUUUUGGUUCACUGCUUUGCUGGAAGAUCCAGAAGUGCGACGGUUGUCGUUGCUUAUUUGAUGUUAAAAAACGGCAUGAGCUUUUCCGAAGCAAUGGAAUAUGUGAAGAUAAAAAGAGCAGCCGCUUCUCCUAAUUCGGGAUUUAUUUUACAACUCCACGAGUAUGAAAGCGCACUUCGAGAUGCAGAAACGAAGAAAAAGAGAGCGCUUGAACUGGAUAAGUAAGGAAUUUCCGUCUUUUUGUUUUUACUCGAUUUAUGGGAGGAGAAGACAGCCUUCUGUGUUUAGGUAUAUAUCGCGUAAGCAUUCGUUACAUAAAAAUAUAGGUUACAAAAUAUCUUCGAAUUAGAACUUUAGACGGGUUAAUUUUUUGCAAGAAAUAUAUUUUUUUUUCGUUGUUUUAAGUCAAUGAUAGAUCGAUACGAAAUCAGAAUCAAGAAACACUUUUGAUACGAGUGUUACGGUUAAGUUUGUCUGUCAUCGAACAGAUUCAAUAGAUUGAAAUUGGAAUCAGUUCACGAAAUUGUCUGUUAUUUACACACACUGGUGUGUGUUUAUGUGUGAAGAAAUUGUUAUAGUAUACGCGGCGAGUGUGUACGUACUUGACGUGACAGGGUGUAGCGUAGAACAAACUAAUAUUACACCUUGUAUGCAUUCACAUCCCAUAUAUCGCGCACAUUGUUGGAAAUUAGCACGAUUAAUCGAAUGAAUUGGGUCGU